AUGCCUUCCUAUCUCGUCACUGGUGCCGGUAGAGGCCUUGGAUACGGAUUCCUCAAGCAGCUGGUUUUGAACCCAGAAAAUACCGUCUUCGGCCUCACUCGAGACGCAGACGCAGCUCGAGAUCGUCUGGCAGCGGAUGGACUCGCGUCUCGCGUCCACAUCGUUCAGGCUGAAAUAACCAGUCACUCAUCGCUCCAAAGAACUGCCAAAGAGGUAGAGGUCAUUCUGGGUGACAAAGGCCUUGAUGUGCUGAUCAACAACGCGGCCUAUGUGAGCGAAGUGACCGCUUGGAAAUCGUUGGUUGACUUCGAAGAGAAUCAAGACCUAUUGAUCAAUGAUCUCCAAAAGUCUGUUGAAGUAAACAUCUUUGGAGCAAUGCGAGUGAACUAUGCCUUUCUCCCUCUGAUUAAGAAGGGGUCCGUCAAGAAGGUACUGAGUAUCUCGAGCGGAAUGAGUGAUAUUGAUUUCAUCAAUGCAACCAAGAUUCCAGUGGCGACCCCAUACGCAAUCAGCAAGGCUGGUCUCAGCACUGUGACGGCCAAGUUCAACGCCUCGUACCAUGACCAAGGCAUUCUAUUCGUUGCUCUAUGCCCGGGAAACGUUGACACAGCCGAGGGGAAACAGUUCUCCAAGGAGGAACGCCAUGGGAUGCAGGCGAUGGGAGCUUUGGUCGCACCAUAUGCUCCAGACUGGAAGGGCCCAUUUACUCCAGAAGAGUCGGCAGCAGUGUGUUUGUCUAGGCUUGGCCAGCUGUCUUUGGAAAAAGGCCAUGGAGGAGUCUUUUUGAGCCAUAAUGGGACUAAGAAGUGGAUGUGA